UUCAAUCUAUAAUUGGUAAAACAAAAAGGAGACACAUAAGAUUAUACAAGUGUUAACUUCUCCUUGUGUUUCUCCAACAUAGAUGGUUUUCCUUGUUCAAGCACCAGAAAAACUUGGAGAAAUUCAUGUAAAACAAGUGUUUACAUGCCAUAUAUAAUCCCAUCUUCCCCUCGUAGCGUUUCCUCAAAACAAUCUGUUUGUGUCAACACAUUGCAAUCAAACCAAUCUCAGAACAAGAAUCAUGAAUAACAGCCAAAGCGCAAGCUACAACGCUGGCCAAGCCAAGGGCCAAGCCGAGGAGAAGAGCAACCAGCUGAUGGACAAAGCUAGCCAAGCAGCCGCGUCUGCUCAGGAAACAGCCCAACAGGCUGGCCAACAGAUCAAGGCAGGUGCACAAGGAGUUGCGGAUGCAGCCAAAGAUGCAACUGGCAUGAACAAAUGAACCUCAAGGGAUCAUUUUAUCAACCAUCAUAACUAUCUCUUCAACUAAUAUACCCCACUUUUAAUUUUACAAUUUUUUUUUCUUUUUUUGUAAUUAUAUAUAUAAUUUUCUUCUCAUACCUGUCGAACAAAAAGGAGAAUCUUGAUGUACUUGAUCGGCUCUUGCGUUUGUUCUAAUAAAUUCUAGUAUUGAGGUGAUCAUAUAUCACCCGUGCUGCUAUUUUCUGUA